AUGAAGCGGUUCCAGCUCAUGCAGCGCGUGAACGUCGAAGGUCUGUAUGGCGUCGUACAAGCCUGUCUUCCGCACUUUGAGCAGCGCGAUGGGGCGUGGAGGGGCAGGAUUAUCAUUGUUAGUCCACCGAUCUACUCGCGCUUCUUCCGCGGGAAGACGGCGUAUGCGAUGGGCAAGCGCGAGGGGAAGAGCGGGAUGGCAGUUACAAGCAUUUGGCCUGCGACGGCGGUGCAGAGUGCUGCGACGCAGAAUAUGGCCCAGGAAGAUGCUAAGGAUCUUAGGACUGCGAAUGUCUUCUCUGAUGCGGUGUUGCAGAUGAUCAAGGCGCCUGUGGAAGAGGUUAAUGGGGAGUUGCUGCUUGAUGAGGAUUUCUUGCGGAUGAAAGGGGUUAGUGAUUUUGAGAAGUACAACUUGGUGCAGGGGAGUACGCCGAGGAGGAUCAUGCCUGCGGAGUUUCCGGAUUUGAGAGUCAAGGAGCAAGAUGAUGAGGGGAGGAGGGUUGAUAGUACGAAGCUUAGGGCUUCGAAAUUAUAA